AUGAUAAAGAGGACCAACGCGACUUCUGGUAACAUCCAUCCCUUAUCUGAUCCGGAGGCAAUACUCAAAGCUGGGAACGCUGAGAAAAGAUGCAAUAAACAGAAAUCAAACCGCCCGGUCACUCCGCUCCCCUCAUUGUCGAUUUUGGCUCCUACGAUCAUGUUGGAAACAAUCAUCCCACCCGGAGGCCAAGAACCACCAGCCAACUCCACUCGCGACUCCAGUCGUACAGCCGAUGGAUCCGACAUUAGUACGGCUAAGGAAUGGUUCAAGGCCGUGCUCAAGAUCCAACACUCUGCUAUCACUCAAGCCCAGGACGAUGUGGAACUACUAUUUGGGAUGAAUAGAGCUGGAGAGGGAAAGAUGCUUCAAUGGGCUGCCUCUCUGGUAAACUGGGUUGAGUAA